GAAGUGACCAGGCGGCGGCGCCGCCUCCGCCGAAGUGACAACGUGCUAGCAGCCCUCGCUCGCUCUCCGCGCCUUCUCGGCCUCGGCGUCCGCUCUGGCCGUGCUCGAGGAGCCCUUCAGCCAGCCACUGCGCUAUGAGGGCGCCUCUCUGGGGCUGGCUGAGGCCGGAGCCGGCUCCCUCUGCUCGCCGGGAAGUGUGAAGAGACACGCGCGGGCGGGAGCCUGGGCUGCGCGCGGCGCUCGCGGGCCGACGCGGGUUCCAGGUGAGCGCGGGCUCGGCGAGCCUCGCACUCGGCGCGGCCGGCCGGCGUCUGCUGGGCUUGAUUGGAGGCUGAAUCCCGUGCGUGGACUGCUGUUCCCUCUUCGCGGGAUUGUUGGCCACGAUAGCAGAUAACAUUUUUCUAGAGGCAUUUUGAGGAUGAAUGUUUUCACAUUUUGAAAUUGCCAAGUGCCACAUACACUGGAUUCGUGGGAAAUACAGGCUGCAAUGGUGACAGUAGUUGAAUGGAAUGCAUCCUGCUUUAUUCUUGGAGUUCACCUGUGUGGCUUGGAUUUAUCACAGUAGCAUUUGUCUUCAAUCUGUGUGUUAACUAAAAAUCAAGGAAAGACAUGAGGAGAUUUGUUUACUGCAAGGUGGUUCUAGCCACUUCACUGAUGUGGGUUCUUGUUGAUGUCUUCUUACUGCUGUACUUCAGUGAAUGUAACAAAUGUGAUGAGAAGAAGGAGCGAUCUCUGCUGCCUGCAUUGAGGGCUGUUAUUUCAAGAAACCAAGAAGGGCCAGGAGAAAUGGGAAAAGCUGUGUUGAUUCCUAAAGAUGACCAGGAGAAAAUGAAAGAGCUGUUUAAAAUCAAUCAGUUUAACCUAAUGGCCAGUGAUUUGAUUGCCCUUAACAGAAGUCUGCCAGAUGUAAGAUUAGAAGGAUGUAAGACAAAAGUCUACCCUGAUGAACUUCCCAACACAAGUGUAGUCAUUGUAUUUCAUAAUGAAGCUUGGAGCACUCUCCUUAGAACUGUUUACAGUGUGAUAAAUCGUUCCCCACACUAUCUGCUCUCUGAGGUCAUCCUGGUAGAUGAUGCCAGUGAAAGAGAUUUUCUCAAGUUGACACUAGAGAAUUACGUGAAAAAUUUAGAAGUGCCAGUAAAAAUUAUUAGGAUGGAAGAACGUUCUGGGUUAAUACGUGCCCGUCUUCGAGGAGCAGCUGCUUCAAAAGGGCAGGUCAUAACUUUUCUUGAUGCACACUGUGAAUGCACGUUAGGAUGGCUGGAGCCUUUGCUGGCAAGAAUAAAGGAAGACAGGAAAACGGUUGUCUGCCCUAUCAUUGAUGUGAUUAGUGAUGAUACCUUUGAAUAUAUGGCUGGGUCAGACAUGACUUAUGGGGGCUUUAACUGGAAACUGAAUUUCCGCUGGUAUCCUGUUCCCCAAAGAGAAAUGGACAGGAGGAAAGGAGACAGAACAUUACCUGUCAGGACCCCUACUAUGGCUGGUGGCCUAUUUUCUAUUGACAGAAACUACUUUGAAGAGAUAGGAACUUACGAUGCAGGAAUGGAUAUCUGGGGUGGAGAGAAUCUUGAAAUGUCUUUUAGGAUUUGGCAAUGUGGAGGCUCCUUGGAGAUUGUUACUUGUUCCCAUGUUGGUCAUGUUUUUCGCAAGGCAACUCCAUACACUUUUCCUGGUGGCACGGGUCAUGUCAUCAACAAGAACAACAGGAGAUUGGCAGAAGUUUGGAUGGAUGAAUUUAAAGAUUUCUUCUACAUCAUAUCCCCAGGUGUUGUCAAAGUGGAUUAUGGAGAUGUGUCAGUCAGAAAAACACUAAGAGAAAAUCUGAAGUGUAAGCCCUUUUCUUGGUACCUAGAAAACAUCUAUCCGGACUCCCAGAUCCCAAGACGUUAUUACUCACUUGGUGAGAUAAGAAAUGUUGAAACCAAUCAGUGUUUAGACAACAUGGGCCGCAAAGAAAAUGAAAAAGUGGGUAUAUUCAACUGUCAUGGUAUGGGAGGAAAUCAGGUAUUUUCUUACACUGCUGAUAAAGAAAUCCGAACCGAUGACUUGUGCUUGGAUGUUUCUAGACUCAAUGGACCUGUAAUCAUGUUAAAAUGCCACCAUAUGAGAGGAAAUCAGUUAUGGGAAUAUGAUGCUGAGAGAGCAGGUAAAUGGGAUUAUAAUUUCAAGACCCACACUCUUCUUCAUAUAAUCACCCAGUCUUGUCUCUCAGUGAACAAAGUAGCUGAUGGCUCCCAGCAUCCUACUGUGGAAACCUGUAAUGAUAGCACUUUGCAAAAAUGGCUACUGAGAAACUAUACAAGAAUGGAAAUUUUUAGAAAUAUUUUUGGGAAUUCUACUGAUUACAUUCUCUAAUGAUUUUUGGAGAGACUCACGUUGCGACAUGUUAACAGUAACCAAUGUCUCGAUGAGCCUUCUGAAGAUGACAAAAUGGUGCCUACAAUGCAGGACUGUAGUGGAAGCAGAUCCCAACAGUGGCUGCUAAGGAACAUGACCUUGGGCACAUGAUGUCCAUGUCCCCCAAGCCGUGAAAGUGUCUACGCUUUUGUUUUUCCAUUAUUUCAAUUGGGGGAAAAUAUUAACUUUGCUGAGUUGAAAGUUUUAAAAAUCAUUUUAGUAUUCUAAAACACAGUUGUUUAUAAUUCAUUUCUAGAAAUGUUUGCAUAUUUCCCUACUAAAAUUUGUAUCUGGUCAAAGAAGCACAUAAAAAUAUAAGUAAUAGCAAACUGUUAUUAAACAACAGAACAACUUGGAAAACAAAUUGUGUUUGCUUUAAGGAAAAUCUUUAUUGCACUCAUGUCACAGGGUUAAUUGGAGGUUAUUUUAUUUUUGUUGUCAUGGUGAUAGAAUGUAAAUGCCUUAUAAAAUCAUGUUCAUUAUGAAAUAGCAUCAGUUCUUUAUAAACUCUUUUUACUGGACCUUCAUGGAAACAUGUUUAAUUUCUAUGUCUACAAUAGGGCCACAUAUUAUUUCUGAAUGGUGAAUUCUUCUUACAAAAUAUUCCAAGUUUUAGACAAGGAAAAACAUUACAUUGGAUGUUGAAUUCAUAGAGCCUUAACAGAAGCAUCACAUUCAAACCAAUGUGAAGUCAAAAAAGAUGGCAAAUUUUUAAUUCAAUUUAAAGUACAUUAAAAAAGAACUCCGUGAAGCACUGAAGGGAACAAGAUGAAUCUAAGCCACAACACUUCAAUCACUGUAAGAGAACUCAAAGUGGGUUGCAAUCAUUCCUAACACAUGCUGAAGCCAAACAAUCUUGCUCCUAGAAUUUAUGUUGGAAACUCAAUUAUUAACCAAAAUUUUGCUCCCCACAAACUCUACCAUCCCUUUUCUUUUCACUCUAUAGACAGUGGCAUGCCACUGAUGCUCUACAGAAUUGUAGGUGAAAGGGAAAAUUUUAGAUUUAAUUUUUAACUUUAUUGCACGUAAAGAUUUUAGUUAGGUUACCACUGUCAUUUUAAUUUGAUAUAUUAAAGAAUACCUUUCAGUGUUAUGCUCCAAUAUCUAAUAAUUUAUCACCAGGGGAAUAAACUCAACACACCUUCAUUAAAUUUUUACCAUAAUUAAACUGCUAGAUAUUGUUUGCCAUAUAUUAUGACCCAAGGAGCAUAGUUAUAAUUAGGCCAAAUUCACAUUUUCUUUUCUCGUCUUAAAACCAUUUAUGUUCAAAAUACAUUAGCAGAAGCCAUGAAAAUGAAAAAAUCAGAUUUUUUCUAAUAAGUUUUUGUAUUUGACAUCAUUUAAAAUGCUCAUAGAGUUGCCCUAUAUAUGUUUGUUAUUCAUUAUAAAUGCACUCUGCAGCUAAGAGAAAUUUGAGAAGAAAAAUGGAAGUGUUUUCUGGAGCAGAAGAUUUCACUUCUUUGGCCCUCAUCUCUACUUAAAAAGCUCUUAUAGAAAGGAGUAAUCAGUUUGACUACAUACAAACUGUCUAUGUCUCUGACAUACACUUACAUGUACACUGCUUUAUAAUGAAACUGAGGACACUUUCUGAUGGUCAGUAAAAUCUUAAAUGAUUUUUUCAGCUGGUAUUCCUUUCUCUUUUGAUUUUUUUGUUAGUACAGCUCUGGGAAAGAAUCUACAACCUGGAGCAUUUCAGAUUUGCUCUUAAAGUGUAGAUACCCCUCACCACAAGCUCUCUGGGAAUCCGUGGAAUUCCUAAAAUUGUAAGCAAAAGGUUGAAUAUCAGGGCAUGUUUUUCAGAGGUGGGAAUAUAUCACAGCAAACUUGGAAAGAAGGCUAUGACUCCCAAGAGGCAAUGAACCAUUGCCUUAAAUUCAUAGCAGCCUCUCAAGUCCAUUGAGGCCUCAUGUGAAAUUCCCAUUUUUCAUUUUUACACGCCUUUUCUCCCCACAUUUCCUCUUGUCCUGACUAAAGUAAGGCAAAAAGACCCUGCACAGCAUUAUUCCUUAAGUUGAAAAAGCUUCAGCUUUCAAGGACUCAUGUAUACCAUAUGUUCCACUUAUUGAUUUGUCAAAAUGCAUGUUAUAUAGAAAAUGGUCUAUGGCAAAGUUUUAUAAAUACAGCUACCCCAUCAAAGCUGAACUUGAAACAUUUUAGCAGCAUUUUAAAUAUGUGAAAGGUCAUUAUGGUCAUAGUGAGAAAAACUGCACGAGUUUCAUGCAAGAAAAGAAUUUUUAAAGAAACUUCAGAUGGCUUCAACACAUGCCAUUAUAUUAUCUAACAAAACGUGGCAUAAAAUGUUAUAAAACACCCAACACUAGAAAGCAAUGACUAACAUUCAAUUUGUUUUCAGAAAUGUUUAUUGUCUUCAGUACAAAAAGUUAAAACCAUGAUUGGAUUUGUAAUGCACUCAUCCCUUAUUUAUGGGGCUAGAUUCACAGAUACUUUAUUUCAAACCAAUCUCUUCUGUAGUCUUCUUCAUCUCAGUUAAUGCAACUUCAGCCUUCCAGAUGCUCAGGUCAAAAACUGAAAGUUGCUUUUGACUCCUCUAUUUCUGUUUCAACUUUCAUCUAAUCCAUCAGCAAAUUCCCUCGAUGCUACCUUUGAAAUAUAACUAGAAAAGAAUGACUUGCCACCACAUCCACUAGGUGUCACUACCUCUGACCUUUUUAAUCGCAAUAUGCUUAUUAUUUGAUUCCCUAAUUUUCCAGUCCUUGUCUUGAACAAUCUAUUCUCAGUACAACAGCCAUAUUGAUUCUGUUAACCAUGAAUUUGAUUGUGUCACCUCCCUCCUCAGAAUCUUCCAAUGACUUCUCCCUCUAGUGGCCUUCAAGGUCCCUCAUGAGCGAUAGCCCCCUACACAUCCAUACCACUCAUUACACAUACACACAUAUGCAAUUCCACCUUUUUCUGACUCAUCUCUUAUCUCUUAUUAUUCUGCCUCUUACCCCAGUAUGGCUCCCAAGAAAGUUCCUGCUUUAGUGUUUUGUUCCCUCUGCCCCAGAGAGCUCCCCUUAUUGGUCUCAGUUCAAAUAUUAUCAGUAAGACAAACCCUUCUCCCUUCUGCUUUCCCUAUCCCCUGUACCUGGCAAUCUAUAAGUUUGCUUCUUUAUUUCUGUCUACACUUCCUCCUCCCCAGCCCAAAACAUGCCCAUCACAUGCUCUAGAAGGUAAGUCCCAUGAAGGCAGGGGCUUUGUCAGUUUUGUUAGUCUGGUAUUCCUGGCAUAUACAAAGUAUUCUUUAAAUAUUUCUUGAAUUAAUGAACUGAAAAAUGUGUGUUAAAGUUGCUAAGUGUUAUUGUAUCAUACUUUUUUUGUAUUUUAAAUUUUAAAAUAAAGGCUAAUAAUAUAUUUAGACAGGAUUUUCAAUAACUUUGUCUUCAAAUUAUAAUUUUCUUCCUAAUAUUCUUCACAUUAAUCUAUGGACUAUAUAUUAUUUUCUGGAUAAAAUAUCCUACCUUAUGGAAAUGAAAUAUGAUAUUUUAUUAAAAUGCUGCUAUAUUAUAUAAGUUGUUUCAUUAAGCUAAAAAUAGUUUUAAUUUUUAUCUUUUGGUUGUGUCCAAUGGCCACCUGAAGGGAUAAGAUUUUGACUUUUAAAAGGGAGACAUGUCAUUGUCUUAAAAAUUAUGUAUUUUCAUGAUUUCAUAAGAACUUACUAAAUUUAUCUUCAAAGUGCAGUGAAUGGAAUAAACACAAUUAUAGAGAUUUUUAAAGGACUUUACAGAUGACCUAGUCUUAGUUUCUAUGUUUAUAGAUAAUAAGACUGAAACCCAGAUAUGUAAUAUAGCUUUUCUAAGGAUCAUAUAUCUAUAAGUGGUGUUGCCUGGACCCCUUAUUAUUAAUAUAAACUAAUAUUGUCAGUCAAAAAGUUAUGGAAAU